AUGUCAGGCAACGGAGUUAAUCACAAUCCCUAUGAUGUUACCGAGAUGGAACUCGAAGCUGGAAAGGAUCCGACUGCCAAUAAAGCAACCGAGUAUACCAAAGAGGACGAUGAAGCUAUGAUAGCAUUGGCAAAUUAUGACGGCCGGCCUUUAAUUCUGGAUGAAGCGACGAACCGAAGAUUGCUUCGGUCAAUAGACUGGCAUUUGAUGCCUAUAUUGUGCUGUGUAUUUGGGCUCAAUUAUUUGGACAAAACAACAUUAUCAUACGCUAGUAUCAUGGGCAUCAAACAUGACCUCCAUCUUGAAGGCGACGAAUAUCAGUGGCUUGGAUCCAUCUUCUAUAUUGGCUGGCUAGCCUGGGAGUAUCCUACAAAUCGACUCCUACAACGUCUUCCGCUCGCCAAAUAUUCUGCUUUCUGCGUUUUUACUUGGGGAGCAAUACUGGCCCUCUUCUCACUUGUGUCAAAUUUCCAUGGUGCUGUUGCCAUUCGGUUUCUCCUAGGAGUCUUCGAAGCCGCCAGUAUGCCGGCAUUUGCUCUACUUUCAUCACAAUGGUAUACAGUUCGGGAGCACAAUCUAAGAGCAGGGCUAUGGAUAAGUGCAAACGGAUGGGGUCAGAUAAUCGGAGGUUUAGUAGCGUAUGGAAUCUCUCGUCGGCUUUCGGAAGUGGAUAGCUCUAUUGCAGGGUGGAAGCUCAUCUUCAUUGCUACAGGCUGCUUCACUACAUGCAUUGGAGUCCUAUUUUUCUGGAUAAUUCCGGAUUCUCAGAUCAAUUGCCGCUGGUUGAAUAAACACGAUAGGCUACUUGCCAUCCAACGUGUUCGAGAAAAUCAACAAGGUAUCGGUAAUAGAUACUUCAAGUGGUAUCAGUUCAGAGAAGCCUUUUUUGACCCACUCAACUGGGCACUUUUUCUAUACGGGGUUCUUUCAGAUAUUCCCAAUGGAGGUCUUACGAAUUUUUUUAGUCAACUAAUCGUGAGUUUCGGUUAUACAGAGCAGCAAAGCCUUCUAUACGGUAUUCCAGGAGGCGCUGUUGUGAUUAUAGCAUGUCUCUCUAAUGGCUGGGCUGGCAAUCAUUUUCAAAACCGAACUUUAUUUGCAUGUAUUCCAAUGAUUUUUGCACUGAUUGGUAUCAUUCUCAUUGUCGCUCUACCUAUUUCAAAAAGUGGAGGCGAUGGCUACAACAUCGGUCGAUUGUUCGGUUAUUAUUUAACGCAGGCAAUCCCAGCCACCGGUGCAACUGUCCUGUCUUUGAUCUCGAGCAACAUUGCAGGCUACACGAAAAAGACGACCGUUGCCGCUCUUUAUCUUAUUGGCUACUGUGUUGGAAAUAUCAUUGGUCCACAGACAUUCAGCCCCAGCGAUGCUCCUCGAUAUAUUCCUGCCGAGAUCACGAUCAUUGUUUGUUUUGCUUUGUGUAUUUGUGACUUACUUUUCAUCAAUUGGUGGUGCCGUCGAGAAAAUAAAAGGAAGAACAUGAUAAGAUCAAGCCCAGGAUACAUUCGGCUGGCGUGA